AAAUUGGUCUCCGUGGCUGUCAUCUCAGAAAGAAGUCUCUUCUAAAGACGAUGCACAAGAGAGCGCACAAACAGUUUGCUGAAGUCGGGUUGGUGCCCACACGCACUAUUGACACUGUGGACACAAUUUGGACAUUUUCAGGAGGAGUGUACCCAUUUUUGUUGCCAGCCGUUUAGACGUUAAUGGUUGUGUGUUGAGUAAUGUUAAGGGGACAGUGAAUUUACAGCUAUCCAAGUUGCACACUGACUACUUCACAUUAUAUCAAAGUGUUGUUUUAGCGUUGUUCCAUGAAAAGAUAGAAUGAAAUAUUGGCAGGAAUGUGAGUGCGUGGUGUACAGUAAUCACUUUUGGGACAUAUUGUAUGUCCUUUUAGGGAUUAUGAUGCAACAUCUUCUGUAAAAUGUCUAAAAAUGUGUUUAGAGUAGGAAUAAACUAGCUUUUUUUUUGAGUGUCUGUUUGACUGUUUCAGCAUUGACGCCAUAAAGACACAGAGACAAUUCAGUGAACAGAAUUGUCGUGUUUUUAAAAAGUGUCCAUUUCCAAAUGGCAUUCAUGCUUUUAAUGAUCCAGACCCUUCGGCUUCCUGUGUGAAAAUGUCGUUUCGGCUCUCCUGUGUAGAUAAAUGCUGCUGCAUCCCUUGCCAGCAUGCAGCACUGAAUCGUUUACUCAAACUGGAUUGGACGUCUUGCAUGCAAGGAGCAAACGAAGGGCUUUGUCAUCCCCUUAAGAUCUUUGGCGACUGCGGUCGUGAAUUGUAAUGUUAAUCACGACGUAAAUGUGGUUUUCUCAAAGCAGCGUGCUCUCUCAGCAGUGUUGCUGUUCAGGUGUUGUAGUGCUGAAACCGUUGGGUUACUAACCUCUUGUGUUUAGGGACGGAGCCUGUCCGAGAAGAGGGACUCCUCAUUAGCUGUGCAUGGCUAAUUUAUUGAUUUGUCCCCUUUUGUCCUGCAUGAAAACAAGCCACUGGGGAACACAGAAGGAAGGAAAUGAGCGAUCCGUAAUGUGCCACAUGCAUCACAAGCACGGCAUACGGGAAGUGUCCUGAUCAUGCUGUGAAGAUCAGCACACACAAGCAAGGUGGCCCUUUGCCCUUUCAGCAAUAAGGUAUAGCUGCAACCCGCUGCCAGCCAAGAUGGUGGUGCUAUCGCUGAAAAUCUGCGUUCGCCACUGCAACGUGGUGAAGACCAUGCAGUUUGAGCCGUCCACGGCCGUCUAUGACGCCUGCAGGAUCAUCCGGGAAAGAGUUCCUGAGGCUCAAACCGGACAGGCUUCAGAUUAUGGUCUGUUUCUGUCUGAUGAAGACCCCAGAAAAGGCAUCUGGCUGGAGUCUGGCAGGACACUAGACUACUACAUGCUCCGCAAUGGGGACAUUCUUGAAUACAAGAAGAAGCAGAAGCCCCAGAAAAUCAAAAUGCUGGACGGGGCCGUAAAAACCAUCAUGGUGGAUGACUCUAAAACAGUCGGGGAGCUGCUUGUGACGAUAUGCAGUAGAAUAGGUAUCACUAACUACGAGGAGUACUCACUGAUCCAGGAGAUGGUGGAGGAGAAGAAAGACGACGGGAUGGGCACGCUGAAGAAAGACAGAACACUGCUGCGUGACGAGAGGAAGAUGGAGAAGCUGAAAGCCAAACUGCACACAGACGAUGACUUGAACUGGCUGGACCACAGCAGGACUUUCAGGGAGCAAGGCGUGGACGAGAACGAGACGCUUCUGCUGCGACGCAAGUUCUUCUACUCGGACCAAAAUGUAGACUCCCGUGACCCGGUCCAGCUAAACCUUCUUUACGUGCAGGCUCGAGAUGACAUCCUAAAUGGUUCGCACCCCGUGUCAUUCGACAAGGCUGGCGAGUUUGGCGGGAUUCAGGCCCAGAUCCAGUUUGGACCUUUCAUAGAGCACAAACACAAACCUGGAUUCUUAGACUUGAAGGAGUUUUUACCCAAAGAGUACAUAAAGCAAAGAGGAUCAGAGAAGAAAAUAUUCCAGGAGCACAAAAACUGCGGAGAAAUGACUGAGAUCGAAGCUAAAGUGAAAUAUGUCAAACUGGCAAGGUCUCUGAGGACUUAUGGAGUGUCUUUCUUCUUGGUCAAGGAAAAGAUGAAGAGCAAGAACAAGCUGGUGCCACGCCUGCUGGGCAUCACCAAAGAGUCGGUGAUGAGAGUGGAUGAGAAGACCAAAGACGUGGUGCAAGAGUGGCCGCUCACCACUGUCAAGAGGUGGGCCGCCUCGCCCAAGAGCUUCACACUGGACUUCGGGGAGUACCAGGAGAGCUACUACUCUGUUCAGACCACCGAAGGGGAGCAGAUAUCUCAGCUUAUUGCGGGUUACAUCGACAUCAUCCUCAAAAAGAAACAAAGCAAGGACCGUUUUGGGAUGGAAGGCGACGAGGAAGCAACCAUGCUUGAGGAAUCUGUGUCGCCUAAAAAGUCCACCAUUCUCCAGCAGCAGUUCAACCGCGUGGGACGGGCGGAGCACGGCUCGGUGGCGCUACCCGGGGUGAUUCGAUCGGGCUCCAUCGGCACCGAGUCGCUCAGUAUGGGCAGCAUGCCGUCUCCUCAGCAGCAGAUAACAAUGGGGCAGAUGCACCGUGGACAUAUGCCACCACUGAGCUCAGCCCAACAAGCUCUAAUGGGAACCAUCAACACCAGUAUGCAAGCUGUGCAGAAGGCCCAGAUUGACUUGGGGGAGGUGGAUAACCUGCCUCCACUCGGACAGGAUAUGGCCUCCAAGGUGUGGAUCCAGAACAAGAUGGAUGAAUCCAAACAUGAGAUUCACUCUCAGGUUGACGCCAUCACUGCAGGAACUGCUUCCGUCGUCAACCUCACAGCCGGCGACCCGACCGACACGGACUACACCGCAGUGGGCUGCGCCAUCACCACCAUCUCCUCCAACCUGACAGAGAUGUCCAAGGGCGUUAAGCUGUUAGCUGCUCUCAUGGAGGACGAGGUGGGCGGGGGUAACGACCUGAUGAAGGCUGCCAGGACGCUAGCGGGAGCUGUGUCCGACCUGCUCAAGGCCGUGGAGCCCGCAUCUGGAGAGCCAAGGCAGACUGUGCUGACAGCAGCAGGCAGCAUCGGCCAGGCCAGUGGAGACCUCCUUCGACAGAUUGGAGAGAACGAAACAGACGAGAGGUUCCAGGAUGUCCUGAUGAACCUGGCCAAAGCAGUAGCCAACGCUGCAGCCAUGUUGGUCCUGAAGGCCAAGAACGUGGCCCAGGUCGCCGAGGACACUGUCCUCCAGAACCGAGUCAUUGCCGCCGCCACCCAGUGCGCCCUAUCCACCUCCCAGCUGGUGGCGUGUGCCAAGGUGGUGAGUCCCACCAUCAGCUCCCCCGUUUGCCAGGAACAGCUCAUCGAAGCAGGGAAGCUGGUGGACCGCUCUGUGGAGAGCUGCGUCCAGGCCUGCCUCUCUGCUACGGAGGAUGGAGAGCUCCUCAAACAGGUGAGUGCAGCGGCCAGCGUGGUGAGUCAGGCUCUGGAAGAUCUCCUGCAACACGUCCGCCAGUACACCUCCAGGGGAGAGCCUAUUGGCCGCUACGACCAGGCCACUGACACCAUCAUGACCGUCACUGAGAGUAUCUUCAGCUCCAUGGGGGAUGCAGGAGAGAUGGUCCGUCAGGCCCGUGUGCUGGCCCAGGCCACGUCAGACCUGGUGAACGCCAUGAGGUCUGACGCAGAAGCUGAAAUUGACGUCGACAACUCCAAGAAGUUGCUGGCAGCUGCUAAAUUGUUGGCUGACGCCACUGCGAGGAUGGUGGAGGCAGCAAAGGGUGCAGCAGCGUAUCCCGAGAACGAGGAUCAGCAGCAGCGACUGAGGGAGGCUGCGGAGGGUUUACGUGUGGCCACCAACGCCGCAGCUCAGAACGCCAUCAAAAAGAAGCUGAUCAACAGACUGGAGAAUGCUGCCAAACAAGGUGCAGCCGCAGCCACCCAAACCAUUGCUGCUGCUCAGAAUGCUGCUGCCUCCAACAAGAACACUGCCGCUCACCAGCAGUUGGUCCAGAGCUGCAAGGCGGUGGCUGACCACAUCCCUCAGCUGGUCCAGGGGGUGCGAAGCAGUCAGGCCAAACCGGACGACCUCAGUGCACAACUUGCCCUCAUUAUUGCCAGCCAGAACUUCCUACAGCCCGGUAGUAAGAUGGUGACCUCGGCCAAGUCUUCUGUUCCCACGGUGACGGAUCAGGCUGCUGCCAUGCAACUGGGUCAGUGUGCCAAGAACCUGGCCACCUGUCUGGCCGAGCUGAGGACGGCUGCACAGAAGGCUCAUGAAGCUUGUGGCCCCAUGGAGAUUGACUCUGCCCUCACCGCCAUCCAGACACUGAGAAGUGAGCUGCAGGAUGCCAGGCUGGCUGCCGGCAACUCGCAGCUGAAACCUCUGCCUGGAGAAUCGUUGGAGAAAUGUGCUCAAGAGCUGGGCAGCACAUCCAAGUCAGUUGGGUCCUCGAUGGCUCAAUUGCUCACCUGUGCUGCACAAGGCAAUGAACACUACACAGGCAUAGCGGCCAGGGAAACAGCCCAGGCCUUGAAGGCUCUGGCCCAGGCGGCCCGCGGAGUCGCCGCGUCCAUCGCUGACCCCAAAGCCUCGACUGCCAUGCUGGACUCGGCACGUGAUGUCAUGGAGGGCUCGGCGCUUCUCAUUCACGAAGCCAAACAGGCGCUGAUCUCCCCUGGAGAUGCCGACAGUCAGCAGAGGUUGGCACAGGUGGCCAAGGCUGUCUCUCAUUCCUUGAACAACUGCGUCAACUGUCUGCCCGGUCAGAAGGACGUGGACAUGGCUCUCAGGAGCAUCGGUGAGGCCAGCAAGAAGCUCCUGAUUGAAAGUAUCCCCCCGGCCUCCAAGACGUUUCAGGAGGCGCAGAGCGAGCUCAAUCAAACGGCGGCCGACCUGAACCAAUCUGCCGGUGAGGUGGUCCACGCUUCUCGAGGCUCCAGCAGCCAGCUGGCAGUGGCAUCCGGGAAGUUCAGCGAAGACUUUGAUGAGUUUCUGGACGCUGGCAUUGAGAUGGCGGGGCAUACUCAGAAGAGGGACGACCAGGUACAGAUCAUCAGCAACCUGAAGAACAUCUCCAUGGCCUCCAGCAAGCUGCUGCUGGCCGCCAAGAGUCUGUCAGUGGAUCCUGCAGCAGCAAACGCCAAGAACCUGCUAGCAGCUGCUGCUAGAGCUGUGACCGACAGCAUCAACCAGCUGAUCACGCUGUGCACUCAGCAGGCGCCUGGCCAGAAGGAGUGCGAUAACGCCCUGAGAGAGCUCGAGGCUGUCCGAGGAAUGCUGGACAACCCCAAUGAACCCGUCAAUGACCUCUCUUACUUUGACUGCAUUGAGAGUGUCAUGGAAAAUUCCAAGGUCUUGGGCGAGUCCAUGGCAGGCAUUUCCCAGAACUGCAAGACGGGAGAUGUUACGUCAUUUGGAGACUGCGUAGGAUCGGCGUCCAAAGCUCUGUGUGGGCUCACAGAAGCUGCUGGACAGGCCUCUUAUUUGGUGGGUGUGUCGGACCCCAACAGUCAGGCAGGUCACCAGGGUUUGGUGGACCCCAUCCAGUUUGCUAAGGCCAACCAGGCUAUCCAGAUGGCCUGUCAGAAUCUCAUCGACCCAGAAAGUAGCCCCUCUCAGGUCCUUUCAGCGGCCACCAUCGUUGCAAAGCACACAUCAGCGCUCUGCAACUCCUGCCGGCUGGCUUCGUCAAAGACCACCAACCCUGUUGCCAAGCGGCACUUUGUCCAGUCUGCUAAGGAGGUGGCCAACAGCACCGCCAACCUGGUUAAAACCAUUAAGGCUCUCGAUGGAGACUUCUCAAAUGAAAACAGGAACAGGUGUCGAGUGGCCACGUCUCCGCUCAUCGAAGCGGUGGAAAACCUGACGACAUUCGCAUCCAACCCUGAGUUUGCCAGCAUCCCCGCUCAAAUCAGCCACGAGGGCUCAGAAGCUCAGGAGCCGAUCCUCCAGUCGGCUCGCUCCAUGCUCGACAGCUCCACCUACCUGCUCAAGACCGCACGCUCAUUGGUUAUCAACCCUAAAGACCCACCCACCUGGUCUGUUUUGGCUGGUCACUCCCGCACCGUCUCCGACUCCAUCAAGAGUCUCAUCACUGCCAUACGGGACAAGGCCCCAGGCCAGCGGGAGUGCGACUCAUCCAUUGAUAACGUCAACAAAUGCAUCCGGGACAUUGAGCAGGCCUCUCUGGCUGCGGUCAGCCAGAACUUACCCAGCAGGGACGACAUCUCACUGGAGGCCCUGCAAGAACAGCUGACAUCCUCCGUGCAAGAAAUUGGCCACUUAAUCGACCCUGUUUCCACCGCUGCCAGAGGCGAAGCUUCCCAACUAGGACACAAGGUGACCCAACUGGCCCGCUACUUUGAACCGCUGAUCAAGGCCGCGGUGGGCGUGGCAUCUAAACUGAAUGACCACCAGCAGCAAAUGACCUUCCUGGAUCAGACCAAGACCCUGGCUGAGUCUGCCCUGCAGAUGCUCUACGCUGCCAAGGAGGGAGGAGGAAACCCAAAGGCGUCCCACACGCAUGACGCCAUCGCCGAGGCAUGCCAGCUCAUGAAGGAGGCGGUGGAUGACAUCAUGGUGACGCUGAACGAGGCCGCCAGUGAAGUCGGCAUGGUGGGGGGUAUGGUGGAUUCCAUCGCAGAGGCCAUGGCCAGGCUGGAUGAAGGAACGCCACCUGAACCUGAGGGCUCCUUCGUGGACUACCAGACCAGUAUGGUCAAACACUCCAAGGCUAUUGCAGUCACUGCUCAGGAAAUGAUGACGAAAUCGGUGACGUGUCCAGACGAGCUGGGGGGUCUGGCCUCACAGGUGACCGUAGACUUCAGCCAGCUGGCCGUACAGGGACGCAUGGCCGCACACACGGCCGAGCCAGAAGAGAUUGGUUUCCAGAUUAAGACCAGAGUACAGGAGCUGGGCCACGGAUGCAUCUUCUUGGUCCAGAAGGCCGGAGCGCUGCAGAUGACUCCUUCUGACAGCUUCACCAAACGAGAGCUUAUCGACUGUGCCCGUGCUGUCACGGAGAAGGUGUCCUUGGUGCUGUCGGCCCUCCAGGCAGGCAACAAAGGUACACAGGCCUGCAUCACAGCGGCCAGCGCCGUGUCGGGCAUCAUCGCAGAUCUGGACACCACAAUCAUGUUUGCCUCCGCUGGCACGCUCAACGCAGAGAAUGACGAGUCCUUCGCCGACCACAGAGAAAACAUUUUAAAGACAGCCAAGGCUCUGGUGGAGGACACAAAGAUGUUGGUGUCUGGAGCCGCUUCCGGCCAGGACAAGUUGGCUCAGGCGGCCCAGUCUUCUGCCAAAACCAUCACGCAGCUCACUGAUGUGGUCAAACUGGGAGCCGCCAGCAUUGGCUCUGAUGAUCCAGAGACACAGGUGGUUCUGAUAAAUGCUAUAAAAGAUGUUGCCAAGGCACUAGCAGAGCUCAUUAGUGCCACAAAGUGUGCCUCCGGCAAAGCAGCAGACGACCCCUCAAUGUACCAGCUGAAGAGCGCCGCCAAGGUAAUGGUGACCAACGUGACGUCCCUGCUAAAAACAGUCAAGGCCGUAGAGGACGAGGCCACGCGAGGCACCAGAGCGCUGGAGGCCACCAUUGAAUGCAUCAAACAGGAAAUGGCGUUAUUCCAGUCCAGGGACCCUCCUAGCAAAACAACCACACCUGAAGAAUUCAUCCGCAUAACCAAGGGUAUCACCAUGGCGACAGCUAAAGCGGUGGCUGCUGGGAAUUCGGCCCGACAGGAGGACAUCAUCCACACGGCUAACCUGAGUCGCAAGGCUAUUUCUGACAUGCUUGCCAGCUGCAAGCAAGCAGCCUAUCACCCCGAUGUCAACGAGGACGUGAAGAACAGGGCGCUGAGAUUCGGAUCAGAGUGCACUACUGGAUAUAUUGAGCUACUGGAACAAGUACUCUUGGUAUUGCAGAGGCCCACUCCUGAGCAGAAGCAGCAGCUGGCAGUGUGCUCAAAACGAGUGGCCGGAGCCGUCACUGAACUCAUCCAGUCUGCUGAGGCCAUGAAAGGUUCUGAGUGGGUGGACCCUGAGGACCCCACUGUGAUUGCAGAGACGGAGCUGCUCGGGGCGGCGGCGUCCAUCGAGGCGGCUGCUAAGAAGCUGGAGCAGCUCAAACCUCGAGCCAAGCCAAAGUUGGCAGAUGAGACGUUAAACUUUGAAGAGCAGAUCCUGGAGGCCGCAAAGUCCAUCGCUGCCGCCACCAGCGCCUUGGUCAAGUCCGCCUCUGCUGCCCAAAGAGAGCUGGUGGCUCAGGGCAAAGUGGGCUCCAUCCCGGCCAAUGCCGUAGACGACGGGCAGUGGUCUCAAGGUCUCAUAUCGGCUGCACGUAUGGUGGCGGCAGCCACAAGCAACUUGUGCGAGGCUGCAAACGCAUCCGUGCAAGGCCACGCCAGUGAGGAAAAACUCAUCUCUUCGGCCAAGCAGGUGGCGGCCUCCACUGCACAGCUGCUGGUGGCCUGCAAGGUGAAGGCUGACCAAGACUCUGAGGCCAUGAGGAGACUGCAGAUUGCUGGCAACGCAGUGAAAAAGGCGUCUGACAACCUGGUGAGAGCCGCUCAAAAGGCAGCGUUUGACAAAGCAGAUGAAGACAACGUGGUGGUCAAGACCAAGUUUGUGGGCGGCAUUGCACAGAUCAUCGCGGCCCAGGAAGAGAUGCUGAGGAAGGAAAGGGAGCUGGAGGAAGCCAGAAAGAAGCUGGCUCAGAUCCGACAGCAGCAGUACAAGUUCUUGCCUAGUGAGCUGCGUGAGGACAACAACUAAAGAAGCCACCUUCUCCUUGAAGUGGACGUCUUUAUGUCUCAGCUGCUGUGUCACUGACUGAUUACAACCAACCAGUCUCACACGGCCAGGAGGUCUUAAACGGUGACAACAUGAAGAUUGUGGCAACUUAAAUGGUGCCGGCGUGUAACAACAUAGCUACUUCGACUGAUCUCAAACAGAAUGUGACCCACUUGGGACUGACCGUGUCAAAUGUCUCUUUUCUUCUCAUUCAUCCACUUAAAACCUGUUUACCUGCAUUGGAGCAUGUACUAUACAGUGCAUAGAAGACGCUCCCAUAUUGUGUGAAUGUGUUGCAACACAGUUCAUGAACACUGACACGGAGGAUGGCUUAACAUAUUUGUUGGGCCACGCUGUAAAUGUGAAUCAUGGACAUUUGUUUUGGGACUUACCGUGCUGUUUUAGGAGAGCUGCAUGUCUUUUUGACCUUGAAUUGAGUGUGCCGUGCCGAUGCAUUUCUGCACAGGUGACUUGGUACUCACCGUAGAAGGAAUAUUUAUUAUUAUUUUGAGGAUAUUUUUAGCAGACCGGUGCCGAUGUGAUAGUCAGAGAAGGAAAAAAUAAUAAUCUUAACUGCCUCUCUUCUGCCAACCUUCUCUGUUAGGAAUGGAACAUGAUGCAAUAACAAGGAUGGUGCUGUAGAGGGCAGUGUUGGUGUCCUAAUGUAAUAAUAAACAAUGGAAGCUAUGUUUAUUUUGUUGCUACCAUCAAAUCAUUUUAGGUAAUCUGCUAAAUUGGCUGCUAAUUAGAAAUACCUGAAAUUCUCUAGUUUUCCAACAUAAAUUCAAUCAAUCUUUCAUUUUUUACUUAAGGGUGCGGCUUUAUGAAUACAAUAUCUGCACAAGAGGAGCCGUUUGUUUACCAAAUGUGAUUGUAUCUGCCUUACUUUACAGCCUGUGUUACAUUAUCAUUGUACCUCUAGAGUGUAUGGUAAUGUUAGUGCAUGGCUAGGGAUGCAUCUUACCAUAGAAUAGAGACAACCGUGUAACUUAAAAUGAGCAUUUAAUGUUUGCGAGAUUGGGUGGAGUAUGGAGUGUUUUUGUAUUGUGUGUGUGUGUGUGUGUGUGUGUGCGCGCGUGUGCUCAUCCGUCUGAUGUGUAGUGUUAUUAUUAGUGCCUUAGUCUGUAGCCUAUCCGGUGUCUACAUGGAUGUGUGGGAGUGACAGCUCCACAUCGUAUGUCAAUAGAAGUUGAUGCACAAGCACGUUUUGGGAAUCUCGUUUGUUGUUGUUGUUGGGUGUUAACGUCCUACACGUGCUUCAGUUAACUGCAAUUUCAUGUUCCAUCUUUCUCUCCAAUUUAAGGGAUGAGAGUACUGGUUCAUAAUGUUUUUAUGAUGUUUCUCAUUCAGCCGGACAUACUUAAGGCCUUUUGGGGCCGUGAGAGUAUUGGUGCACUGCAUUUUCAUGAGGUUUCUCUCAUUUAAAGCCCUUUUAGGGCAUGAGAGUACGGGGUCAGUUCAUUCAUUAUGACAUUGAAGGUCUUUUUGAUGCAUGAUAGUACUGGUUGACUGCGUUGUUACGAUGUUUGUCUCUCAUUCCGGUGAGUGAUGGUACUCGUUCACUGCAUUUUCAUCAUCUAAGCACCAAUUCACUGCAUCUCCAUGAGGUUUCUCAUUCAUUCGGACACAUUUUAGACCUUUUUGGGGUAUGAUAGCGUCUGUUCACUGCAUUUUCAUGAGGUUCACAUUCAUUUAAGGUUAUUUUGGGGCGCGAGGGUACUGGUUCGCUGGAUUUUCACAAUGUUUGACACGUGAAAUCCGGAAUAGCGUGAGUGAUGGUACUCUUACAACAUUUUCAUGAUGUGUCAUUCAUUCUGACACAUUGUAGGCCUUUAUGAGGCAUGGGAAUACUGGUUCACUGCAUUUUUGUGGUGUUUCCCCAUUCAUUCUAACACAUGUAAGGCCUUUGUAAGGAUUAGAGUACUGGUUCGCUACAUUUUCAUAAUGUUUCUCAUUCAACCUUUGCGUUUCAGGGCAUCGAAGUGCUGGUUCACUGCAAUUUCUCACCAAUUCUGACUCGUGUAAGGCAUUUUUAGAGGACAGGCCUACUGGUUCUCUGCAUUUUCAUGCAAUUUCUCAUUCAUUCUACCACAUUUCAGGGUUUUGGGGUGAAAACAGUCGUCUCUGGCAUGCACCUGUAGCAUUAAAGGGAUAGUUCAGGUUUUUUGACACAAAGUUGUAUGACAUCCCCAUCAGCAGUGUAGUGCAUCAAGAGUUUACUUACCUCCCCCCAGUUUGUCCCUUGAGACAAACUGGGGGGAGGUAAGUCACUCUUGUUGUCCCUCGAGACAAACUGGGGGGAGGUAAGGUACUCUUGAUGUACUACACUGCUGAUGGGGAUGUCAUACUUCGUGUCAAAAAAUCCAAACUAUCCCUUUAAAACAACAACAAAUAUUUGUGUCCAUCUGCUUCCUUUUUUUUCUGAUGUCAUGAUCUCACAGACAUUUUAUGAAUCGGCGUCCUCUCAUCCCUUCCCGCCCUUUAACAAACUAUAAACGUGAACGUUUCUGUCACCAUGAAGCUGUUGUGAGACAUUUUUAAGACUAAUGGAAAUGUUCUGUACACUUAGCAGAUAGACGAUAAAGGUUAGUGAUAGCAAAUAUAAGAUAUUUAUCUUGCCACGAUGAAACUAUUUUUUGUAUUUACUGGAAAUAAAGCAUUUCAUUGUGUCUCAAUUUGUGUG